UCGAAAACCGUCCUACAUGGGAGAAGCGCAGCAAAGGCCGGAACAGCGCCACAAGGCCUCCGCGGGGAGUGACUACGCGGCCGCAACGUGUGUGCAGCAGGACUCGGACGACAUCAAGAUUCACAGCAUCUUGGGACAGGUUGUGAGUGCUGCUCGCCAGAGGAUUCACGUGAACGCGAUUCGGAAUGUGUUUGUCUGCAUGGGAGUUGGUGAAGCGCAUCCGUUCAACAUCCCGACGCCGCCGCAGAUUGCUCCGCGACUGCAACACAACCUCCAAUAUUUCGUCGUCAACUACAUCAUGCUCUUCACCGUCGUGCUGUUCUGUACGCUCGUGUUUCAUCCUUGGUCAUUGCUGUGUGUCCUUGCCACCGGUGGUGCAUGGGGAGCGUUCAUCGUGCAGCGCAAGCAUCUUCAGCAUUUGAACAAGAAUGGAUUCAAAGAGGAACACUUCGUCUACGCCAUGCUUGCAGCCACACUAGUUGUGUUCUCGUUCUUCCUCCUGCCCUCACUCAUCACUGCCAUCGGCAUCAGUGGAGGCAUCAACAUUGUACAUGCUUUCUUCCGUGAUCCUACCCACGUUAUCUUUCGCAGCGACCCGACUCAAACGGACGUCGUGGCGCCGAUUGACCAACUGGUGUAGCUGAUACACUGGUAUCGUUUGAAGCAUUUACGUUAUUGUGACCCAACCAUGAUACUCUUCGUCGUCAAACUGCGUCGCGAGGACAUACGCGUCGGGGGACGGUAGAACGGGGAGUCGCCGUGAAUAUCGCCGCCCCUCCGGCCACUUCAUGUGAUAAAAAUUCUGCUCGAUGAUGUCCACGUGGGUGUCUGUGGCGUCAACGACAACUGCGACAUGGCCUGUCGGGGUAUGACGACCCACCGAUUUCCACAACAGCAACGAACCUUUCGCCGGCGGGGUCGUGGCGACGCCAUGAGGUACCCUCAGCGUUCGGACCAGCGCGCGCGACGAGGCGUGUCGGAAAACCGCAGAGUCAAAAAUGUCGUGGGCUGUGGGGAUGCAGUCAAAUGUGACGUGGUAAUGCUGCAGAAGGAAUCUUCGUGCCAGUUCGACGCAUUGCCAUUGCACCCCGGUGCAAAAUCCUUGAUACGAUGCUUUGUCCAUGUCUAGCGCUUUCUUGUUGUCGGGAAGUAGACAUGAUCGGACGUCGACGCCUUCGAAGGUUCCCAGGAUUGUUCCGAAAGGUUCGCCAUUGCUUGACGUAGAUGUGAUUGAGGAUGUACACCCGCUUUGAGGAACCUGAUGGACAAUGGAUAACGGAGGUUGCAACGAUGUUGGAACUUGGGGCUCGACUUGGUUGUUCAAGAUAGCCGUGGCGAGGUGCAGAGCCGCUUUUGACGUAUCCACGCCCGCGUGUGCUUGGUUCGCAGGGUGGGGUCGCCUCGCGGUAUGCACAGGACGCAAGACCGACGGCAUUAGAUCGCUGUGGUGUGCUUCGACGUGGCGC